CCUCCAGGCCAUCUGCUGAGGCCAUCCUCUCCGACCUUAUCGUGUUGCUUCCGGCCAUCCUCAAAGCAUGAUGGCAGAGCCGAAGAGUUUGUCCAUCAUGCGCGACGUGGACGCGCCAUGUAGCCCCGUGGACGCGCCAUGUAGCCCCGCCUCGAACAACUGUGCGCCGACUGACUGCCUCGUAACGCUCACCGACUGCCUCGUGCCGUGCCUCUCGACGGCAGGGUGUGUGGUCUGCGGGCCGUGGUGUGUCGCGCCGUGCUCGACGCUUUGCCGCACGGCCACGUGCGGGUGCAGCGACGGCUGCUGCCUGAGAGCCAUCCGCUGCCAGGACGGCUGCCAAAACCGACUGGCGAGCUAUCGGUAUCAGUAUUGCCCUUCGGACGCGAACGGCCUGCCUUCGUGCUGCGUAUGCCCUUGCGGGCCGUGUGCCUGCUGCCUCUCGUGCACAGUCUUCCUGCUCGGACAGUUGGACGCUGUCUCGAUCGCGGACCCGGAGAUCGACCGGCAGCGCUGGUUUGGUGACACGUUUUGGAUCGGCGGCAAACUGGCGGUUGCGAGCACGGCCGAGGUGCAUCGGCGGCUGCUUGGACCGAUGGACCGGGGCUUCUACAUCGGCAAGCCAAACGUGCGGCCAACUGCGAUGAGCCCGUCCUACCCGGGAGAGCGGCUCUUUCCCCUCGCGCUCGCGUCCGGCGAUGGCGCACCGGGAAACAAUGGUGCGCACGCCUCGUUCCGAAAGCAGUUCUUCCGCUACCUGAUGAACGACGGCACGCGCGCCCGCGCCGCGCCGACCGAGCCGCUCGUCGCAGCGGCGCUCCAGGCGGUGCGGGCGGCGGCGGCCGAGAGCGGAGGCGAGAUGAGCGCGGCGCUGAGGGCGGCGACGCAGCUGUACAUGGCACGCACCAUCUUUUGGGCCGUCUUCCAGGUCGACCUCGGCCCGGAGAGCUCAGUCGAGUGCCGCGCAGCGAUUUGGGCGAUGAGCGUGAUCAACGCAGUCGUCCUGCCGUACAUUGUCGGCUUGCAGAGCGCUCCGCAGCUCGAGACGCUGCACGCGCUCAUGCUUGGCUGCCCGGCCCUGGCAGAGUACGAGGUGGACCCCGCGCUGCCAAUGUGCCCCGACAAGGGCCGCUUCGUCGACCAAGUGCUGCCCGUGGUCUACAUCGCCGCGCUGCAGGGCGUGCCUUCCCUCGCGGCAGCGCUACUCGCCGACUCGCACGGCGAGAAGGCGGCGCGCGUCGACGGCGGGGCGGCGGCGGACGGCGGCUGCCCGCACGCAGACAGCUGGCGCGCUGGUGGCCUGCCGUUCGCGGACAGCUGGCGCAAGGGCCUGCCGCGUGACUUCGCGCUGCCCUUUGGCGACCGCGAUCGGAUGCGGCUCGUCGUGCUCGAGACGGCGCGGCUCAAUCCGCCGGUCCCCGAGACCGUCGCUGUCUCGUACGAGCCCGAGGAGUUUCAGAUCGGAGGCCUCGGCAGGCGGGCGUUCCCGCCGGGCUGCCCCGUCCUCCUCUCUUACGCCAACGUCGCGCUCGACGAGGCUGUCUACCCUCGGCCGCGCACCUUUGCGCCGUACGAGCGCGCGUCCGCGCUGUGGGGGCCGGAGGCGAGCUUCGUCGGCUACAACGGCGUCGGCGACCGCGGCGACCGCCUUUGCCCGGGGCGCGACCUGAGCAUCGACAUCCUGAUCAACCUGCUCGAGGCGGUGCGAGGGCCGGCGGCAUAACGUUGCUGUAGUAGGGUGAUUGCAUGAAAUCCCAACCAGUGCGCCAGGAGCGCAACGCGUAUACUAGUUACUACGAUGUGUUGGGUUGUUGCAAGUCUUGAGUACUGCGGGUGCGGCGCGCGGUCCGGCGGCGGCGCGUUUGCGGUUGUGCCUUUUCGCCGGUGCUUCUGGCGGUGACGGUGUUCACAUUCAGCGCGUGUAUUUCCACAUGUCUGUAGGAGUAAAUGUACACGUAUACGUGGGCCGAGCACAGAGUGUCGGGGGCACUGCAGAUAUCAUGCCCCCUCGCGUCACACUGACUGUGUCUCAGAGUCGCAGUCACACACACCACUCACAACACAGCACCGUGCAACGCGAGAGGCCCGGUCUGUCGGCGAGCCGGCAUGGACCAUGGUGCCACAAUCAUGGAGACAUGCCGAAGACAUGCUGCAAUGCCCCGCGCGCCCCUUUGCGCAUGCUGCCACCGCAAGAAGAGCAAAGCCUUGCCCACGUGGGCCACAACGGCCACACACGACACACCACUGCCAACUUCACGCCCCGCCCUCGCCCCGCCCUCUGG